AUGCAGGAAGGAAGAACAGUAUCGCAACCUCCCCAAAUGAGCUAUACAGCAUCACAGACCCUCCAGGGCGAUUGGGGUAGCUCCGUUGCGGGGAGACUCGCUGGAGACUUGACUGCUGCUGCAGUUUCGGCCUCACUGAUUGCGCCGACAGUGACCAUCAUUGAUCGAGCCCUUGUCGAACGAGCCGCGUCCGACAGACCUCUUCUCCAAAGUCUCCGAUCUUACACUGUUGCUGCUCUGAAACGACCGGGCGCAUUUGUCUUCUCCCGCCCAUUCGGCCUGGUAUGGACCUUGUAUGGCGCGACUUAUGCGGUCGCCAAUGGAACAGAAACCAUAAGCAAAGAGAUCUGUCCAGCCAGAGUUGACCCGAUUACAUUUGCAACCACGUUCAUCGUCAAUGUCCCUCUGGGUGUCUGGAAGGAUAUCCGGUUUGCGCAGCUGUUUGGAACUCAGAUUCAAUCCAGCGCAAAGGAAGCUCUUCGCGUGUCCAGUAGGAUAGUCUCCAAAGCAGCCACUGCGACCUUCCUUCUCCGGGAUGGAGUAACAAUCUUUGGUUCCUUCACACUGGCUUCGUGGUGCUCGUCGGUUAUUCCGGAUAGUCUUGCCUCUCAGCCCAGUACAAAGACGAUCAUCACACAGAUAGCUGUGCCCGUCCUGUCUCAAGUGGUGGCUACUCCUCUACAUCUCCUCGGCCUUGACCUAUACAAUCGCCAGUCUGGGGUAACAUGGUCGGAUAGAAUUGCUACGAUUCGGAAGCAUCUGCCGUCUGCAACGGUCAUUCGCUGUGUGCGGAUUAUUCCAGCUUUUGGAUUUGGGUGUCUAACCAACAUCGGGUUGCGGGAGUUCUUCCAUGAGCAGUGCGAUUAA